AUGGAUAAGGAAGCCCAGCGGUCCUCCCAGCCCCUCUUCCGCUGGAAACGAACCUGGCAAAUCGCCAAUCCGACCGCCUGCUGGGUCGGCCAGAUCAGAAGAUACGGAACCAGCCAGGACGAAGACCUCUGCCACGGCGACGUCAUCCAGUGGCUGACGACUUUGUGCGUGAUGGGGGUGGUGGGGUAUCGACGGGGGGAGCUGAACGGGAGGAUUUACAGGUAUUUUCCUGACUGGGUGAGAAAAUCGGAACAUUGCCCCAAAUCAGCGAUGCCGGACUAUUGCUAUGUUGAUAAUGGGGUGGAGAAGCCGUUUGUGCCGUGGUGGAGUUGGACGGUCGAGGCUAAGACACACACUGGGGAGGUGCCAGUUGAGACAUCGACGCUUGUACUCAGAAACGGGAAAUAG